GGGGCGGCGGCGGCGGGGGGCUGUGGCUGGGGCGGAGGAGGCGACGGGGACGGCGGAGACCGCCUCUGCUCCCGCCUCGGGUUGCUGCUUUUGCCAACGGGGCAUAUCCAUGACCCUGAUAGUGUUUUCAUUCAAGAUAAAGUGGAUUAUUGACUUCACUGAUAAACUGAACAGAUUCAGCACUGGGGCUCCUUGGGCAUCAGCACCAGUGAAUCAUCACCUCCCUGUUCUGGUUUGGAUGUCAUAGUGCUGAGAGAGGGUGAACAAAUGGGAGCUAAUAAUUUUAGUGACCCAGAUUCAUGCAAUAAGACCUUCCUUUGGAAAAACAUGGUUCUGUCAGCUUCUUAUGUUCUAGGGGAAGGAAGGGUGUCAAAAUAUGCGAAACAAAAACUAUUAGGACUGAUGAAGAAAUAGAUGAACCCAUUAUUAUAGUUGGAGACUUCAGCAUCUUUCUAUCAGAAAUGGGUAGAUCCAGCAGGCAGAAAAUCAGCGAAGACAGAUGUAUCAUUGCCUUAUUCUUUUGAGUGAUCUUCAAGAGGAACAGAAGCAGAUGAGAAAAUGAGGAAGAGACUUGGAUUUGGAUUGAUAAAGGAAGAGAACAUUCUAACAAGAUCUAGAAGUAUGUAGAGCCCAUGAAGCACAGGACAAUAAAGUUCCCUACUCACCUCACCUGGAGGAUCUCUUUCAAAGUUUCACCACAGGAUUUAUGAGAGAGACUAAUUUGUCUGAAGCAAUAUGUGUUAAAACAACAGAAGUCUAUUCACCUGUGCACUAACUAGAAACGCAGUUACAAUGUUUUCAAUUCUUUGAGCUCCCGAAAGCCAGAGGAGUGAGUUGAAAAUCUGAAAAUGCGGCCAUGGACUGGUUCCUGGCGUUGGAUUAUGCUCAUUCUUUUUGCCUGGGGGACCUUGCUGUUCUAUAUAGGUGGUCACUUGGUACGAGAUAAUGACCACCCUGAUCACUCUAGCCGAGAACUGUCCAAGAUUCUGGCAAAGCUUGAACGCCUAAAACAGCAAAAUGAAGACUUGAGGCGAAUGGCUGAAUCUCUCCGGAUACCAGAAGGCCCUGUUGAUCAGGGGCCAGCUACAGGAAGGGUACGUGUUUUAGAAGAGCAGCUUGUUAAGGCCAAAGAACAGAUUGAAAAUUACAAGAAACAAACUAGAAAUGGUCUUGGGAAGGAUCAUGAAAUUCUAAGGAGGAGAAUUGAAAAUGGAGCUAAAGAGCUCUGGUUUUUUCUACAGAGUGAAUUAAAGAAAUUAAAGAAUUUAGAAGGAAAUGAACUCCAAAGACAUGCAGAUGAAUUCCUCUCAGAUUUAGGACAUCAUGAAAGGUCUAUAAUGACGGAUCUAUACUACCUCAGUCAAACAGAUGGAGCAGGUGAUUGGCGGGAAAAAGAGGCCAAAGAUCUGACAGAGCUGGUCCAGCGCAGAAUAACGUAUCUUCAGAAUCCCAAGGACUGCAGCAAAGCUAAGAAGUUGGUGUGUAAUAUUAACAAAGGCUGUGGCUAUGGCUGUCAACUCCAUCAUGUGGUCUACUGCUUUAUGAUUGCAUAUGGCACCCAGCGAACACUCAUCUUGGAAUCUCAGAAUUGGCGCUAUGCAACUGGUGGGUGGGAGACUGUGUUUAGACCUGUAAGUGAGACAUGUACAGACAGAUCUGGCAUCUCCACUGGACACUGGUCAGGUGAAGUGAAGGAUAAAAAUGUUCAAGUGGUCGAGCUCCCCAUCGUAGACAGUCUUCAUCCCCGUCCUCCAUAUUUACCCCUGGCUGUACCAGAAGAUCUUGCUGAUCGGCUCGUACGAGUCCAUGGUGAUCCUGCAGUAUGGUGGGUGUCACAGUUUGUCAAAUACUUGAUCCGCCCACAACCUUGGCUAGAAAAGGAAAUAGAAGAAGCAACCAAGAAGCUUGGCUUCAAACAUCCAGUUAUUGGAGUCCAUGUCAGACGCACAGACAAAGUGGGAACCGAAGCAGCCUUUCAUCCUAUUGAGGAGUACAUGGUGCACGUGGAAGAACAUUUCCAGCUUCUCGCACGUAGAAUGCAAGUGGACAAAAAAAGAGUAUAUUUGGCCACAGAUGACCCUUCUUUAUUAAAGGAGGCAAAAACAAAGUACCCCAAUUAUGAAUUUAUUAGUGAUAACUCCAUCUCUUGGUCAGCUGGACUGCACAAUCGAUACACAGAAAAUUCACUUCGGGGCGUGAUCCUGGAUAUACACUUUCUUUCCCAGGCAGACUUCCUAGUGUGUACUUUCUCAUCCCAGGUCUGUCGAGUUGCUUAUGAAAUCAUGCAAACACUGCAUCCUGAUGCCUCUGCAAACUUCCAUUCUUUAGAUGACAUCUACUAUUUUGGAGGCCAGAAUGCCCACAACCAGAUUGCUAUUUAUCCUCACCAACCUCGAACUGCAGAUGAAAUCCCCAUGGAACCAGGAGAUAUCAUUGGUGUAGCUGGAAAUCACUGGGAUGGCUAUUCUAAAGGUGUCAACAGGAAACUGGGAAGGACGGGCCUGUAUCCCUCCUACAAAGUCCGAGAGAAGAUAGAAACGGUUAAGUACCCCACAUAUCCUGAAGCUGAAAAAUAAAGCUCAGAUGGAAGAGGUGGACAACCAAACUCAAUUCAAACCAUUUGAGCUAAACAGUAGAUGACGAAGGCCCGAACCUAACAACAUAUGGUGAAAUGAGUAGCCACCCUCGGCACCAGGAGCAGCUGGAACUGACAGACAGAUCCUUCACUGGUGGAAUUCCUCUUUAACAAGGGCUACAAUGCCCUCCAGCCCAUUCACAGUACAAUAAUGUACUCACAUAUAACAUGCAAACAGGUUGUUUUCUACUUUGCCCCUCCUUUCAAUAUUAUGUCCCCAUGAAACAAACACUGCCACAUUGUGUAAUUUAAGUGACACAGACAUUUUGUGUGAGACUUCAAACAUGGUGCCUAUACCUGAAAGACCUAUGUGACCUAUUAAGAAGAUGUGAACAGCUCCCUACUGUGAGGAAGUUGAUUCUUAUCCACUGGUGGUGUUGUGACCACUGAAUUCACUCCAAUCAACAGGUUCAGAAUGAGAAUGGAUGCUUUUUCCUUUAUAAGGUUGUUUGGAUUUUUUUUUUUUAAGUAAUUGCAUCAGUUCAUUCACCUCAUCAUUAAUAAGUGAAGGAUACAUCAAAAAAUAAAAUAUUCACUCUCCAUUAGGAACUUUUGUAAAACAAUGUCUUGAACAAAUUCUUUAGUACUCAAUGUUUCUGGACAUUCUCUUUGAUAACAAAAAUAAAUUUUAAAAAGUAGA